CACCACCAACCGACAAAACCAGCCAAAAAAUGCCCUGGUUCCAAAAAACCCUCACGCUCCCCCCAUCCUCGCGGGGCAGCUACCUGAUCACCGACACGAUAACCUCCUCGCUGCCCGAACUCGCCAACUACCGCGUUGGCCUGCUCACCCUCUUCAUCCAACACACCUCCUGCGCGCUGUCGCUAAACGAGAACUGGGACAGCGACGUGCGUGCCGACAUGAGCGACGCGCUGGACCGCAUCGUGCCCGAGGAUAGCAAGCGCGAGGGGAUUUAUAGGCACGAUGCGGAGGGUACCGACGACAUGCCGGCUCAUGUUAAGAGCUCGCUUGUGGGCGUUACGGUCACGGUACCGAUUGUGGAGGGGAGGUUGGGGUUGGGAACUUGGCAGGGGAUCUGGUACUUGGAGUUUCGGAGAGCGCGGCAUACGAGGAAGGUUAUUGCUACUAUCCAGGGGGGGUUGAAGACGUAAAGUUUUUUUUGCGUUGUUGGGGAGGAUAUAAUCGGGUUUUAAAUGCUGCGAUUGGGGGUUCGGGUGGGGUGGGUGAGUUUGUGGUGUGCUUUUUCAUAUGUGUAGAACCAAGUUUCAAUCUUCUAGAUGUGUGCUUCCCCCAGAAUUGAUACCCGGGUAUUACCAGGAGACUUUUUUGGUAGAAAGUACUUUCUCGUUCAAAGCAUGAAAAAAUAAAACCCCAAUUGUCCCUGCGCCACUCGUAUAGGCUGUGGAUAUAGGCGAGUAGUUAAAUUGGAUAACAUAAUAGAGAGGUAGCCCAGCUUCAGCUACUAUUCAGUCCUACAGGCUACAGAUGAUAAGUGGGUCGAAGUCAUGUAGCAGCGGGAGGUCAUUAAUUAUCACUCGACCGAUUCCAGGAAUAC